AUGCGUUCCGCUUCCCAACUGUUCUACCUGGCUAUUUUCGCCUGCGUGAAUUCAGCUCAGGGAGAGACCUCUGUCUCCAGAGCCAGACCUCAUCUUGACAACGCCUGCGCGAUCGACCCGAAAGCAACCGUCACAGAUGCUUGUGCCUCAUUCUCCACUCUAGAAUCCAUCAACGCCAAAAUAUCACCACUCGUCAAGUCCAUUACCCAUGAUACAGACUUCUUCUCCUACUACCGUCUCAACUUGUUCAACAAGCAAUGCCUCUUUUGGUCUGACGAAGCGGGAAUGUGCGGGAAUAUUGCCUGUGCGGUGAAUACACUGGAUUCGGAGGAGGAUAUCCCCCCUAUCUGGCGGGCAGAGGAGCUGAGCAAGUUGGAAGGCCCCAAGGCGGGACAUCCGGGGAAAAAGCUUCAGCAGGAACGUCCAAAGGAAAAGCCGCUCCAGGGUAUGCUGGGGGAGAACGUGGGAGAGACCUGUGUUGUCGAGUAUGAUGACGAAUGUGAUCAGCGGGACUAUUGUGUGCCAGAAGACGAAGGCGCAACAGAGAAAGGAGACUAUGUGAGUUUGCUAGAUAAUCCGGAGAGAUAUACUGGUUACGCGGGAAUGGGAGCGAGACAGGUGUGGAACGCGAUAUAUCGUGAGAACUGCUUCCUGAAGCCCCUCCCCACGUCUCAACCAAAGUUUUCCCCCAAGUUCCACUUGGGUAAUCUCCAAGCGGCGAGGGAUUUCAAAAGUGUCCUGAAUAAACAUGAGCGGGACCAGGUCGUCACUGGUGCGAUACGGAAUGAGGCCUAUCCUCUAGACGACGAAUGCCUGGAGAAACGUGUCUUCCAUCGACUCAUCAGUGGCAUGCAUGCAUCCAUCUCCACACACCUAUGCUGGGACUAUUUCAACCAGAAAACAGGCCAAUGGCUCCCUAACCUCCAAUGCUACAAAGAACGCCUACACGACCAUCCAGAACGCAUCUCAAACCUCCACUUCAACUUCGCCGUCCUCGUCCGCGCCGUGUCUAAGCUACAAAAGCAUCUACAGACCUACUCUUUCUGCUCCAGCGAUCCGCAACAGGAUCAGGACACGCGCCAAAAAGUGCUUGCGCUCAUCGACACCGUUGCCUCGCAACCCAAAAUUUUCGAUGAGACCAUCAUGUUCCGCGACGAGGCUGCAAAUGGCCUCAAGGAGGAUUUCCGCAACCGCUUCCGCAACGUCAGCCGGAUCAUGGACUGUAUUGGCUGUGACAAGUGUCGGUUAUGGGGCAAGCUGCAGACGGCCGGCUAUGGUGCGGCGCUGAAGAUCCUGUUUGAAUUCGACGAGACGAAGAAUGGCGAUAACCCGCCGCUGAGGCGGACGGAGCUGGUGGCGCUUAUCAAUACGCUCGGGCGCGUGUCACAUAGUCUUUCUGCUGUUCAGAGCUUUGAGCAUGCGAUUAUGUCUGGCGCGGAGGACAGUUUACCCGUUCACACUACUGUUCCGAAGUUUUCUCCAGUCUCACCUGGUGGUAAAUCUAUAGCUGAAUCCGGCGGUGGGAAGAAGGAUGGAGUGAGGGAUGGUCCACCGCCGGAAAAGGGUCCAGAGCAACGUGGCAGGAACUUACCGGUUGAUGAUUUAGAGGAUGACGAUAAUGAGUGGUCGCAGGGCACAAAAAAUCCCCGUUCUAAGACUGCGAAAGGAGGGGAGAGUAUCAUGGAUCUUUUCUGGGAAGAAUUCAAUCUGGUGUGGCGGACGUAUAUAUAUGUGCUUAAGGGGUGGAUUAACUUUCCUAGCACGGCGUGA